AUGUCUUCACCGCCACCCAACCCGUCUCUUCCGUUGCCGGUCACCUCGUCGCCUCCGGCGACCACCACGACCGUCGCCCCGCUCCUGCCCGCGCCGGGAUUCUCCGUCGCGCCCGCCCCCGCCGUCCUCACCCCGGAGGAGGUGUCCGGGGCGCUGUGGGACCUAACCCAGGCGGUCCAAGAGAUCCACUUGUUCUUGGCCGGGUCCUACGGGCCGCACCUGGCUGCGCCGCCCAUCGCCGCCACCGCGCCGCCGUGGCUGCUGUGGCAGCCGCCGCAUCUGGCGGCCUUCGCCGCGCUCGCCAGACCGCUGCAGCUGCCAUCCACCGCCACCACCGCCCCGCCCUGGCUGCCGUGGCAGCCGCCGCACCCGGCGCGACACCGCAGCAGCCGAUGCAGCUGCAGCAGCCACCGGCGGUCAGCUCCGGCCCCGCAUCAACCGCACCGGCGGGAGUCCCGGUCCACCAGGUCCGGUUCCCGCCCUCGCCAUCCCCGCUACCGGCCUGGUUGA